CUAGAGAGAAAGCGACGAACAGUCUCACAGCAGAAACUUCAAAUAGAAGCAUUUACAUUUCUGCCUAAGACAUCCCCGCCGCAAAUGUGAUGCAGUCGCUUGCACAAGAAAUAAAAUCAUUUUCCAAAAAUAAUUUGCGGAAACAAUGCACCAGGGUGACGACUUUGAGCGGCAGGAGGAUUAUAGAGACAUGGAAAGGCUCCACUGUGCAGGUGGUUGAGGAGACGGUACAGCCUGAAACAGCAUGUGGAUAUGUUCAGGAUAAUAGUUGGGAUCUUCAGGUUGGAUAUAUUAAACCAUAUCUAUUGCUUGGCUCACAAGAUGCUGCUCAUGACUUUGGUAGUUUGAGGAAAUAUAAGGUCACACAUAUAUUAAAUGUUGCAUAUGGUGUGGAAAAUGCCUUCCCUGACCUGUUCAUCUAUAAGACGCUGAGCAUACUGGAUCUACCUGACACUGAUAUCAUAUCAUAUAUCCAGGAGUGUGCACAGUUUAUAGACCAGGCAAAAGCUGAGAAAGGAGUCGUGCUUGUCCACUGCAAUUCAGGAGUUUCACGUUCUGUCUCAGUUGUCAUCGGAUAUCUGAUGUUAAGGGAAAAGCAGGCAUUUAGUGACGCAUUUGUGCUGGUGAAAUCAGCUAGACCAGCCGCAUGUCCAAACCCAGGUUUCAUGGAACAACUGAAGAACUUCAAACCACAAAGCACUACACAAGUAAAUGGUUUGGAUCACAAAUGA